AUAAAAUAUGUGGGCGUCUCUCUUAUUGAGCUGUUGACUGCCCUCAGUUUACAAAUCACAACUGUCCGAGAAUAGCAGGAGGAGAGAGAGAGAAUGGGGUGGUUUCCAUGCUCUGGACAUUCAAAGCCAACAUCAAAGAAGAAGAAGAGGAAGAAGAAUCGCUCACUCGAUCCGAUUCAACCUUCCUCAGUGAGCAUUAGGUCAAAUCCAUCAUUCAAAACAAAGGAAGGAGCGAUCAAAGAUGGGGGAUCAGGUCAUAUUGCUGCUCAAACAUUCACAUUCCGUGAACUGGCAGCUGCAACUAAAAAUUUCAGGGGUGGUGAUUGUCUUCUUGGAGAAGGAGGCUUUGGUAGAGUAUAUAAAGGCCGACUUGAAAGUUCUAAUCAAAUUGUAGCCAUCAAACAACUGGAUCGCAAUGGACUUCAAGGAAACCGUGAAUUCCUAGUAGAAGUGUUGAUGUUAGGGUUACUUCACCACCCAAAUCUUGUUAACCUAAUUGGUUAUUGUGCUGAUGGAGAUCAAAGACUAUUGGUUUAUGAAUACAUGCCUCUUGGAUCUCUUGAUGACCAUCUCCAUGAUCCGUUACCUGGCAAGAAACGAGUGGAUUGGAAUACAAGAAUGAAAAUUGCUGCUGGAGCUGCGAAAGGGCUGGAAUAUCUUCAUGAUAAAGCAAGUCCACCUGUAAUAUAUCGGGAUUUAAAAUGCUCAAAUAUAUUACUUGGGGAAAAUUAUCACCCAAAACUUUCUGAUUUUGGAUUAGCAAAACUUGGGCCUGUGGGGGACAACACACACGUGUCAACACGUGUGAUGGGUACAUAUGGAUACUGUGCUCCGGAAUACGCGAUGACUGGACAAUUAACCCUAAAAUCAGACGUGUAUAGCUUUGGUGUUGUCCUUUUGGAGAUCAUCACAGGCCGAAAAGCAAUUGAUAAUUCCAAAACAGGAGGCGAGCAGAAUUUGGUUGCAUGGGCAAGACCUUUGUUUAAAGACCGAAGAAAGUUUUGUCAGAUAGCGGAUCCAUCACUUGAGGGCCAGUACCCAACGCGGGGUCUGUUUCAGGCUCUUGCGGUUGCAGCCAUGUGUGUCCAGGAUCAACCCAACAUGCGACCCGUUAUAGCUGAUGUGGUUACAGCCUUGACCUAUCUUGCUUCACAGCAAUACGACCCGGUUUCAAACCCAAACCCAAAUCCAAACCCAAACCCACGGUGGUCACCUUCCACUCCUCCAAGAUCAAAACGUGACAAUCAUAAAAAACAGGGCGGCAGUAGCGGCGGCAGUAGUGGCGGCAGUGGCAGUGUCAGCACCAGUGGAUCUGAGAAAAAUCACACCAAAAAUUUCUUUUAAGGUUUUGGAGUUUCAUCAUCAUAUCGUAUGUAUGUUGAAUCCCACUUUAUCAUCUUGCUGUACAGUAGUUAUAUAAUUAUAUUAGAUACGUGUAUAUUUACAUAUUUAUUAAUUUUAUAAAGACAAACAGCAUCUGUUUGAUUUAUAUGUCAUAAAGCUUUGUACUAGUGGACACUGGACAGGUAUAUCUAUUUUCUACUGGAAUAUCAGUUGUUACUAUGUUUUUAUUUUUCA